CCACCUGGGAACACUGCACUGCUGAUCGGUCGACCGUUGCGCAUAAGGAGCUGAAACAGGUUCUCGGCGCAGCGCUUUUCACUGCAGCGGCACAGCGACGGCGUAUUCGGUUAGUUCGCGUUGAAGUGAGCAGAUCACCAGUGAACAACGACGCGCGCGGGUGGUUCCGAAAUAGUUGUUGUUCGAAGGCGGUAGUGAUUUAUGUUCUGAGGUUGGCAAGGCAUUUCGAACGGUUAUUUCUCGGUGGAAAGCGUGAAAAAUAUGCUCUGAAGUUUGAUCGGUAGUGCACAGUGCGAAAUGGCAGGCCAAAAGUUUUUCCACGGCCUUACGGAAGCGAUGAUAAACCGGGCCACGGAUCGACCCGAUCGGCAGAAAUCCAGCUUUUAUUGGCCCGAUGAGUACCAGCAGGAUCCGCAGGAUGCGUACACCACCAGCAGCCGGAGACAGUCUACUACUGCUUCGUCAACACCCAACAAGGAAUGUGCGAGUCCUGCCAGCGAGCUGGACACAUCCGAAGUUCUCCGACAGCAGCGACACCGGGGCAACGUACGAUCCAACAUCCAAUUCAACGACGAAUGUGACUCUUCGUUUUCGCAGCUAGAACGGGAAAGGCAACACGAGAAGUUAAGAAUAGCAGCAUUUCUCCGGGAGCAGUGCGACGACGUCAGUGAAGCGGCGAAAACACGUCGUCAGAACACACUGAAAUCAAAUUUUCAUUUCUACGAUUUCGAUGUGACGCCGGACAGUAAAUCCGCACAGAACUCCCCGCCCAAACCGACGAACGGUUACCGACAGUCAGCUGCUACUUCCGAAUUCGACGAUCCGUUACGAUCCAGUCCGUUGCCCAACAACACUAGCAACGGAGGAGGCACAACCCGAAGACAGCAGCCGCAGUAUUCGCCGGCAUCAUCCGAGUACCACUAUUCCGCCCGUUACACCGGAAGCUACGAAGAUUUCGAGGACGACCGGAGCUACAAGUCAACUGACUUCAACUUCAGUCCACCGGGAACGCCGUGCGGUGGGGAGAUGCCGGAGUGCAAACGAAAUUCCCAGCGCCAUCUGCGGUCCAGUAUUAAUUUCCGCAAUGGUGUGGCGAUGGCCGACGACGAUACCGACGAGCGGAAACCGGUGACCGUACGCGACUCGGCCACGGAACGCGUGGGUGUCGGAUUACCAAAUUUGUAAAUAGAAUUAAUAGGCAGUGUGCCGUGUGUCUGUCGGUUACGACCAAAGCGAGCACAAGUGAGUGAGAGAACUAGAGGAGCUAGGGUGAGCUAAUAGGGUGAUUUGCGUGGCAGACAUUCUUGUUGACAGCAGCCUAUUGCCUGUGAGUGGUUUGCUUUGUUUUAUUUUUUUAUUGCGGCGGCCCAUAUACCAUUGCAUAGAAAUGCAAAACGAAAAAUGUUGACAAACGGUACAAGCGAACGAAAAAGGAAUCAUCUAAAACCACUAACCAGUUCUGAAUUUUUUUUUUCUGGCAACGAAAAAAAAAUUCGAAAACAAAAUAUAUUUCGUUUCCGUUUGGAAGGAACAAACAACACUUUAUUUGUAAUGUGAAUAACAACACCACUGAACGAUCGGUGGUUCCACAAAACUGAAACUAAAUCAUAAUAAAAAAUGACUCAUUCAAUGA